AUGAAUGAUCCCAUCCACAUUUCGACAGUACUCCACACGGUCCGUCCCCAGAAAGGAAACAGAGUGUCCCCUUCAACAGCCAGGAGACGAAGAGUCAGAAAAAAAAGUCAAAACAAGCUAAUAGAACUAAGGAAUAAUGUUGGUAUCCGGCCCUCCCUCUUCAAACUGGAACAAACCCGAGCUAUAAAGGAGGUGCUGAACACCAAGCUAGCAAACAAAGUGCUUUACCCUCACGGACUGUGUAUUGCACUUCAUGAUAUUAUUCAGAUUGGGGAGUCUUUCUCCUUCCCUGGUGACGCGGGAACCCACACGUCUGUUCUGUUCCGGUACAUAGUGUUCAAACCCUUUGAAGAGGAGGUUAUCAUCGGUAAAGUUAGACGGUCCAGUCCAGACGGUGUUUGGGUAACUUUGGGCUUCUUUGAGGACAUCUUCAUCCCUGAAGCGUAUCUCCAGUCUCCACACAGGUUCGACCAAGAGGAGAACUGCUGGAUUUGGGAGUACACUGACGGACUGGAGACUCACAAUCUCUACAUGGAUGAGAGAGAAGAAAUCAGGUUCAGGGUUUGUAAAAUAGAAUUUAACGACGUAGCUAAACGUGCUCCUACACAAGACUCAGAAGAGUUGUUACCUAUGAAGAUUAUCGAACGGUUCGUGACUUGUCAGAAUGGUGCUUAA